CUUCCGGUCCGCGAGAGUGUGGUUCUCGCGCUCCAACGGGAUAAAGUCUGGUGCUGCUGCGCUUGCCGUGGUUGUUUUCGCGUGUCGGCCUUCCAAGUCCGGGAAAAUGGCCACAGACUCGUGGGCGCUGGCAGUGGACGAACAGGAAGCGGCUGUGAAGUCGAUGAGUAAUUUGCAGAUUAAGGAAGAGAAAAUCAAACCAGAUACCAAUGGUGUUAUCAAAGCCAGUUCCACUCCAGAGAAAACAGAUGAAGAAGAGAAAGAGGACAGAGCUGCCCAGUCCUUACUCAACAAGCUGAUCAGAAGCAACCUUGUCGAUAACACCAACCAGGUGGAAGUCCUGCAGCGGGAUCCCAACUCCCCGCUGUACUCAGUGAAGUCCUUUGAGGAGCUUCGACUGAAACCACAGCUUCUCCAGGGAGUCUAUGCCAUGGGCUUCAAUCGACCAUCCAAGAUACAAGAGAAUGCGUUACCCAUGAUGCUUGCUGAGCCCCCACAGAACCUGAUUGCCCAGUCUCAGUCUGGUACAGGUAAAACAGCUGCCUUCGUCCUGGCCAUGCUCAGCCGGGUGGAACCAGCAGAGAGAUACCCCCAGUGUCUGUGCCUCUCCCCAACAUAUGAACUGGCGCUUCAAACAGGAAAAGUAAUUGAGCAGAUGGGCAAAUUUCACCCUGAACUAAAGCUUGCUUAUGCUGUUCGAGGCAAUAAAUUGGAAAGAGGUCAGAAGAUCAGUGAGCACAUUGUCAUUGGCACCCCUGGGACCGUUCUGGACUGGUGCUCCAAGCUCAAGUUCAUUGACCCCAAGAAGAUCAAGGUGUUUGUUCUGGAUGAGGCAGACGUGAUGAUAGCUACUCAGGGCCACCAAGACCAGAGCAUCCGCAUCCAGAGGAUGCUGCCCAGAAACUGCCAGAUGCUGCUUUUCUCUGCCACCUUCGAAGACUCUGUCUGGAAGUUUGCCCAGAAAGUGGUCCCAGACCCAAAUAUCAUCAAACUGAAGCGUGAGGAGGAGACACUGGACACCAUCAAGCAGUAUUAUGUCCUGUGCAAUAACAGAGACGAGAAGUUCCAGGCCUUGUGUAACCUGUACGGAGCCAUCACCAUUGCUCAAGCCAUGAUCUUCUGCCAUACCCGCAAAACAGCGAGUUGGCUGGCAGCAGAGCUCUCAAAAGAAGGCCACCAGGUGGCUCUGCUGAGUGGCGAAAUGGUGGUGGAACAGAGGGCUGCAGUGAUUGAGCGCUUCCGAGAGGGCAAAGAGAAGGUUCUGGUCACCACCAACGUGUGUGCCCGCGGAAUCGAUGUCGAACAGGUGUCCGUCGUCAUCAACUUUGACCUGCCCGUGGACAAGGACGGGAACCCGGACAACGAGACCUACCUGCACCGGAUCGGGCGCACCGGCCGCUUUGGCAAGAGGGGCCUGGCGGUGAACAUGGUGGACAGCAAGCACAGCAUGAACAUCCUCAACAGGAUCCAGGAGCAUUUCAACAAGAAAAUAGAAAGACUGGACACGGAUGAUUUGGACGAGAUUGAGAAAAUAGCCAACUGAGGAGCUCCAGCCGUCACUGGUGCCCGCACUUGGCGCUCCCCCUGCACGGGACACUAGUGCUCAUGGCCGAGCCUGGGCAGUCACCACAGAGACGAAGCAGGCACGGAUAGCGAGAAACUACCUACCUCAUUUAAAUUACGUUUGGACUUGGCAAAAAUUGUGCAAAUGAUGGGGAAGGUAGACCAAAAAGUUUGCAUUAUAAAAAAAUGUAAUCCUUUCCCCCACCCGUC